AUGAGAGAGGACUUCAGGUCCAUGAGGGAGGAAUUUAGGAAGGGCUUCAGGGAGCAGAGAUGUAAGUUGAUAGAAGAAAUAGAGGAACUGAGAAAAGAGUUCAGGGCGCAGGAGAAGAGAUGGAGAGAGGAGAGGGAAGAGAUGAAAAAGCAGAAGGAGAAAGUAGAGGAAAGGUUAAAAAGAUUGGAAGAGAAAAUAGGAGGGAGAAAGGAGAAGAAAAAGAGAGAGAUAAAAAACGGAAACGAGAAAGUGAGGGAGAGAAUAAGAGAGUUGGAAAGAAGGCUGGAAAGGAAGGAGAAGGAGAGAAGAAAUAUAGUGAUAAGAAGUUUAGAAGUGAAGGAAGGAGGGAGGAGACAAGAAGCGGAGAAGUUAUUGGAGGGAAUAAAAACCAAAGUGAAGGCAAUAGAGGUGAAGAGAAUAAGGGAGGAGGUGGAAAAAGGAAGAGAAAUGGUGUUGUUAAAAUUAGAGAACAAAGAAUAA